AGAUACUCUCCGCUGCAGGAAUACCGGAACAGCUGGCCACUUCACCGACCCACUGACACGCGUUCGAUUCCCCGUAGCCAAGCCCUGGGACGGUAAAAACUCGCCUAAGCCUGGGAAAGAGCGUCCAGGAGGUUCAGAAGCGGGAAUGGACCCUCAGAUUAUGUCGGCAGAAAUCGCAUCACUGGACUCUCGCCGCGCUCAGCAAGUCCUGCGUCUCAGUCACUCAGUCUUACGCCACGCUGGGAUUGUAGUGUACCUGUCCGUGCGUGCGUGUGUGUGUGCGUGUUUCAUCCGUGCGGACACUUGCCAUACGCGUUGCCAUGACGUUUACGGAGGCUUCAGGCGCGUGAGCUGCGGCGAGCGUCAACCACGAUGUCGAGCACAAUGAUGGAGGAGCUGGAGAUUAAGGAGCCUACGCCCAGCCUCGCUCCAAGCCAGUACGAGAGUCCGCUGUACACGAAGAAAUGGAGAAUCGUCCUGGCGGUGCUGCUGGGCGUGACCUUGAUGGGCCUGUGCAUCCUCGGCUUCUACGUGAGUGUCAAGGCGCGCGGAGCCAUGGACCAGGACCCCGCUGCCCAGGGCUCCACCACAACCACCACAACCCUCCCGCCGCGCACCUCCUCGGCCACAUGGCGCACCGACCCCAGCGGCCCCGCCUGCCUCUCCCUCUCCAACGAUACUUGUCCCGAAGGGUUCUCCCAGCCGCCCCUGCUGGUGCUCGGGUUUGAUGGUCUGCGCCCCGACACCCUGAGCGAGGAAGUGACCCCCGCCCUCAUGUACCUGCUGAAGUGUGGCACCACGGCCCGCAGCCUCGUGCCCACCUACCCCACCAACACCUUCCCCAACAUGUACACCAUAGCCACGGGCCUGUACCCGGAGAGUCACGGUGUGGUGGAUAACAAGAUGCACGACCCCCUCACCAAGAAGGACUUCACCCUCAACGACACCGCCGGCAUCCUUGACCCUCAGUGGUGGGGCGGCGAACCUAUCUGGAACACCGUCACCAAACAGAAGAAGCAGGCAGCCACCCUCCACUGGCCCGGCUCAGACGUGUCCAUCCAGAAACACUACCCUACUUACUGGGAGAAAUACACCUCGCUGCUGACCUUUGAUCAACGUGUCAAGCAGGUGGAAGAGUGGCUGAUGUUACCGGAGCAUGAACGACCACGCCUCAUCAUGGUCUACUUUGAGGAGCCCAUGCAGUCAAUACAAGAGUUUGGACCCGACUCCCUAGAGGCUAAGGAGGGGCUGCUGAGGAUGGAUGAGAAGGUGGAUGAGCUCAUGAACACCCUCCACAAGAAGAACCUGGCCCACUGCACAAACGUGAUUGUGGUGUCGGAUCACGGCGUGGUUCCCUCAAACUGCUCAUACAACUUUUUCCUGGAAACCUUCAAACGUAACAUUGAAAAUCACACCCAUGUGUACACGGGGGCGGUGGGGCGACUGAGGGCCAGUAGCAGCAAGCCAAAUGACAAAGAGCUUUUGGAGAUGAUGAGAUGUAAAACCCCCAAAGUGCGCGCCCUGUCCAAGGCUCUGCUCCCGCGAAGGUACCACUACGCUAAUAAUCGAAGGAUAGAGAACGUGCUGCUGGACACUCGCCCCUUCAACCGCGUGGUGACCAACUCCCAGAUCAGCUGCCGCAACGCUGAGCACGGCUACAACAACCUGGUGCCGGCCAUGCAGGCCACCUUCAUCGGCUUUGGUCCAGCCUUCAAGGUGAACUAUACGAGCCACAGAUUCAGGAACGUGGAGCUGUACAACCUCAUGUGCGAGCUCAUGGACAUCACACCGGCCAAGAACAACGGGACGGAAGGAAGCCUGAACCACCUGCUCCGAGACCCUCCCCCAAGCCAUGCCUCCUCCCGGCCCACUGCCCUGCCCGAGGAGGUCCUGCCACCCCCCAAUACCUUACUGGGCCCGAGGAACCCUGAUGAGGAGUGCCAAUGCUUCACUACUGAUGCGGAAGCUACACCUGAGGCGGAAAGUCUAGUCCGUGUCCGACGCAACAGCAGCAGCAGCGGGAAUGGGAAUGGGGAUAGCAAUGGGAAUGACAGCCACACUAACAACAGCAUUCCCAGCACCGCCACUCCGGAAAACACUGACAGCAACGGCGGAGGUGGCAACAGUGAUACCAGCUCCACCACCACCACCACCACCACUACCACCACCACCACUCCUCCCCCAACCACCACCCCUUCCACUACCACCACCACUACUGAAGCCCCCACCCCUCCACCUACCACUACUACAACGACUACUACUACUACUCCUGCUACCACAUCAUCCACUUCCACAGAACCUUCAUCCACCACCACCACCACCACCACAGAACCAACCACCACCACCACAUCAACUCCACCUACCAGCUCAACCACUUCCACCACCACCACGACCCCCUCAACCACCACUACAGAGGCAACCACUACCACAACCACCACCACCACCACUACUACCACCCCCACCACUACCACCACCACCACCACCACCCCAAAACCCAGGACUGAUGCCGAACUGUCUCUCCUCCUCCAUACCCAUGUUCCUUGGGGUUCGCUCGGACUCUCUGUGACCGAGGACAUUGGGGGAACGUUGAAAGUCCUCCUCCACUCCAAUUAUGUCAUAGGUCUACACGAGACGCUUAACUUGGGCCUGUGGACGAGCUUCACCCUCGAGAACCACACCGUAACACAGCUGGAGGAGGAAGCACAGUUAGGGGACCCGCCCCCCGCCCCGUGCUGGAGGGCCGACCCCCGCCUGGAGCGCCCGCAGCUGGAUCAGUGCCAGAGGAUGCUUACCACCGACGAGUACCAUACCAGCGACGUCUCCCUCAUCCAGCUCUUCCCUCAGGAGCUUGAAACCCAAGAGCUCCUAAAUGCCGAGGGAUUCCUGCUGUCCAACCUUGCCCCAGUGAAGGUCGGCUACCUCAACGGGGCGCACCAGGCCAUGGUCAAGACGCUCAAGGGCUGGGCCUCCUCCCUCGGGGCCAUUAAUGUGGUCCAUGGCCCUGUCUUCGAUUACGAUCUUGAUGGCCACCAGGAUUCCGUGGGCCAUGUGCUAAACACAGUAAAACCUCUUGUGCCAAGUGACUACUUCUUUGUGAUAAGCCAGUGUGGGUCGACGCCAUGCCCUGAGAAGCCCUUGGAGACAUUGGCCUUUGUCUUCCCAAACACCGAGUUCCCUGAUAACUGCUUCAUGAGCGACGCUGAGUACCUGAACUAUCACCUGACGACUGUGCGGGACGUGGAGCUUCUGACGGGGCUCCAGUUCUUCAAGAGUGUGUAUGAGCAAGAAUCCAUUCAAUACCGCACAAUGCAGCCCCUCUCCAUCUGGCCAGUCCCACCCCCCACUGAAGACCCUAUCGUCUCACAGCUCAGCGACAGAAGGGGGAAGGCGGACUCACUCUCUGCAGAUGAUGACACGCAGCUGUCGUAACCCCUGCCUGUGCGUGUGUGUGUGUGUGUGUGUCUGUGUAUGUGUGAUUGAUAUGUUUUGGCCAUUUCUUUAUCUGUCUGUUUCUCUUGGAAUGUAAAAAUGCAUUGUGCUAGAUGUAUAUAUACUUGAAAUAUCAGUGAUGUCUUAGAGCACGCAUGCCAUAAUGUUUAUAUAGUGUUUCCUUUUUGAGAGUUGUGUGUGUGUGUGUGUGUGUGUGUGUGUCAUAUCAUAUGUUGUGUGCUGUGAAGUAAUACUGUUUGGUGCUGUAAAAUGUUUAUUACUCUAGAAUUGAAAUGUAUAUAUUGUUUUAGAAUGCGUGUGCGAGUGGAGGUGUGAGGCGAGUGCAGUGUUAGGCGACCUGAGUUCUGUGCUACAAAGAGGGAAUGUAAAUAGCUGCUUCUCCGUCCAGAUAGUGAGUGAGUCGAGGGGCUUUGUGGAUUCAUGGCUGACGCUCAUUUUUCACUUGUUCACUUCGUCAGAAAGAAAGAAGCAUUAUCUGGUUGUGCUGUUAGACAUGAAAACACACAGACCAAAGAUUGAGUAAAAGAAUGAGGUAACUUUGGUGCUGCUGUAUGUAAAAUGUUUUAGGAUUGGUUCACAUCUUUAGAAGGCAGGCGCUGACGGGUCGUGUUGCUAGACAUAAACACACUAAUGGAAGACUGAAGCAAUGGAUGGUGCAUAUUUUUUAUGCUGCUGUUUGUAAGGAAUUUUAGGAUUCAGGACAGAAGCACCAUGUAACAUUUUUUUAUGAAUGAUCUAGUUGAAUAAGAUCUGAAAAUUUUUAUCUCUUCUGAGCGAAUAUUUGGUGACAGUAGUGGGCUGUUCCCAUUGCAGAAGAACGUAAGGAGGCUACAAGAAGCAGGUUGGCAUAGACAAGGCAGUGAGGGUUGUGUCCUUUCCAUAAAUAUUACAACUUCACCCUGAGGUUAGAUGUUGUGGUUGAGUCAUGGCUGCAACCUAUGAUGGAUGGACAAGUGAUAUCCCAGCACAGUUGGCAACGACCUCGUAGUGCAACAUCAUGAACCUGAAAGUGUAAUGGCUCAAGUGAUCUGAAAGAAAGAAAUGCGUUAAUAUUACUAAAUGAUAAUCACUGAAAUGAUUGGAAGGAGUGAGAAGGGAAGAAAGAAAAGAUAGGAGGCGUAGGACUAUGCAAAUUUCUUUGAGUGGAGCGUUGAAGCUCAAGGUUAUGGGAUAAUGCUGAUAAGAGCACACGUCUCACAUUGGGUUGUUGACUGAAACCCCCUGGAGUCUACAAAACUAUAAAAGUAAAGGUUUAUGUAGUUAUAGUAAGAAUUACCUCACUGAGAUAAAGGAUUGUGGUACAGAGCAAUUCUAAAUAAUUAUCCAAGUGACAUUGUAUGCAGGCAAAUAGCUUAGCAAGACCUGUUAUGGGUUGUUGUGUAGUGCGGCGACUAUGCCUGAUGAACGAGCCUCCCAUAACCCAAUUAGCCAGUGGGGUACCUCUUUGGCCGACUCGGUAGGGAGUGGCUCUCUCGUCACGCUGGUCGCGGGUUCAAUCCCAGCCCAGGCAGCCGGCGAAUACCCUCUCCUGGUCUUGAUUAAUUUCUUGUGUGUUGUUUCGAUACACGCAGAGGUCCUGUUGGGAAAUAGAAAGGAAAAUAAGCUCACGGGGCAUGACAGUUGUUCCCAAUACUAGUGACUUCAGAAACAUUUACCCACAGGCAUAUUGGAAGCCAUGUUUCAGAAGAUGCUCUAAGUAUGUGAAAUUGCCUUAGAACAGAGGGAUACAAUUGUUGCCUCGUGUCCACAUCAGUGAUAUCUUUUUCAUAUCAUGUAUAAAGUCACGGUCAUGUAUCAUUUCAAAAUUAGAUAGAUUGGUAUUAUUAUAUUUGUCCGUUGUGGAUAUGUAUAUUUUUUUCAUAUUGGUACAGAUCGAUAUGGUAUAAUUACAUCUUGUCUGUUGUGGCUAUGCAUAUAUAUUUUUUUUUUCAUAUUGGUACAGAUUGAUAGCCACAACUGUGUAUCUGUCUGCAUCUAGAUGAGUGUAGUGCUGGCUCCGAGGGUCCAUUAAAACUAAACAUAACAAA